AUGUUGUUCAAUCCCACUUGGAUGGAAUCAAAGCCGGCCGACGGAGAGAAUUGGGUUGUUGAACUUCCCGAAGAUCCCGCCUACCCUAUGGAAAUCAUCCUCGACAUCAUUCAUGGAAGGUUCGAGCGGAUCCCGCAGACCCUGGGCCUCAAAGAUCUCCGUGAUCUCCUGGUCCUCACCAAGAAGUAUGACAUGACUGGUAUCGUAAGGCCCUGGUGUUCGCAGUGGAUACAGGCCGCUAGAAACCCCUACCUUGGUACCGACGAUAUUCUCCGGUCAUUGUUAAUCGCUUAUGAGUUAGGUGACGAGCACCUUUUCUCCUUGCGGCUUGAAGACAUAGCCUUGCGUGCCAAAGUCGACGAGCAGGGCCGCUUCAAUUACCCCGCAUCAGUGCCAACCGAAACGAUCCGUUCCUUCUCUGGUUAUGAUGGUUCAGUCGACGAUUCUUCAGACAGUGAUGACUCGGACAGUGAUAAUUCAGACAGUGAUGAUGAAUCAAGCCACGAUAAAUCAGGAGAUUACCACACCACAUUUGAAUCAAGCGAGAAGAACUCGAAUGCCAUCCUCGAAGAUGAGGAUCAUGUGGGCCCGCAAGAUGUACUACAUAUCAUAUCUUCGAUUCGGGAGACCUUACUGGCCAACCUCGUUAACCUCAUCCACGAGGAGCUGGAUUCCCGGCUAAGAUCAAAUCCUCAUUACUGUGGCUCGACAAGAUAG